AACUUAUGAAAUAUACAAAAAAACAUUGACAUUCAAAAAAAGCUAACAAAUAUUUUUUCAUCCGACUGACAAAUGUUGAGUAUACUCAAGUUACAGUCAUCGUCGCCGUUGCUCGUCAACAAUUCCGACCAAGUAGCCGCCGGAAACUUGGUUUCUGGCCGGAGAUUUAGUAUCCGAUUACGGCAGCCCCAAUUGGCAUCCCUUUCGGUUCAAUCGGAAACCGCUUCGUCAUCCGAGGUGUUGAUUACAUCUAAUUUGAAUUCCACCGUCGGAUCUUCGUCGGCACCUCAACUCUCUCAGUGCACCCUAACUCAUCGCCAUAUUCAUAUCCUCAAUUUCAUUGCUUGCGCGACUGCAAUUUCUGCAACCUGGCUGUUUUUUUCUGCAAUUCCAGCUCUUCUGGCUUUUAGACGAGCUGCAGAGUCACUAGAGAAGCUAAUGGAUGUUACUAGAGAGGAGCUUCCUGACACUAUGGCUGCAGUUAGACUCUCUGGUUUGGAGAUCAGUGACCUAACUAUGGAGCUCAGUGACAUUGGCCAAGGAUUAACACAAGGCGUUAGAAGAUCAACUCGAGCUGUCCGCUUAGCAGAGGAAAGAUUGCGACAGUUUUCAAGCAUGCCUCAAUCAGCAACCGUGCAGGGUCUACUAGUCCCAAUGGAGACCAGGACAGCAGGACCAGCUUUAGCAAAAAAGGUGAGGGACCUAAGGGAAGGGAUAGUUAAAGGUUGUCAAGUUUUACAAAUGCUUUUCACCUUCACCCGGUAUUCCAGGACGGUCUUCAAUUUCUUCAAAUCCAGGGAAGAGACAUAAAUCCAAGAGCAUUAGGUCCAAGGAAAUCAAAUCUUCCUUUGGUUACAUAAUUCUUGUUAAAUGUCUGUGGUCCUAUUGGUUGUGGUUAGAAUGUUCACUUUCACCAAGUGCUAGGCUGUUAUUUGAUCAAAGUGAACUAGCAGACUUCUUUUUUACUAUGUUCAUAUACUUCAGACUUUUGUCUGUGUCAACUUUCCCUAGUUCAUUGAUUUGGUUGGCUGAUCCAUAAUGUAGUUCAGUUAGCUCACAUGGAAAAAUGAAUAAUUUUGACAUUAUUGUGCUUGAA